UUGGGCUUCGAAUCGCUGCUCAAGCGGGACUACCCCAUCAUCUUCGGCACGCUCUUCUUCUUCACGCUGCUCGGCCUCGUCGUGAAUCUGAUCGGCGAUCUCAUGUUCUACAAUUUCCGCGCCAACCGGCGGGGCUACAUCUCGUUCUGGAUCUUCCUGGCGCUGCUUCUCGUCACGCUGUUCGCGGAGUUCAUCGCCAACGACAAGCCCCUCGUCAUGCGCUACGACGGCGCGCUCUACUUCCCCGUCUUCUUCGCAUAUGCGGAGACCGAGUUCGGCGGGGACUUCGAGACCGAGGCGGAGUAUCGCGACCCCUUCGUCGCCGAGCUGAUCGAAGAGAAGGGAUGGAUGGUCUGGCCGCUCAUCCCCUACAGCUACCGCACGAUCAACUACGACCUGCCGGUGCCGGCGCCGGCGCCGCCCUCUGCCGACAACUGGCUCGGCACCGACGACCAAGGACGCGAUGUCCUCGCCCGCGUGAUCUACGGCUUCCGCCUUUCCGUCCUGUUCGGCCUGAUUCUCACCGUGUUCGCCUCGGUCAUCGGCAUCGCCGCGGCCGCGGUGCAGGGCUUCUUCGGCGGCUGGAUCGAUCUCAUCUUCCAACGCUUCAUCGAGGUCUGGUCGGGGCUGCCGCAGCUCUUCGUCCUGAUCAUCCUGUCGAGCAUCAUCGAGCCCAACUUCUGGGUCCUGCUGGUGAUCCUGCUGCUGUUCAGCUGGAUGGCGCUGGUCGGCGUGGUGCGCGCGGAGUUCCUGCGGGUCCGCAACUUCGACUAUAUCCGCGCGGCACGGGCGCUCGGCGUCGGCAACAUCGCGAUCAUCUUUCGCCACGGGCUGCCCAACGCGAUGGUCAGCGCAGUCACCUUCCUGCCCUUCAUCCUGGUGGGCUCGAUCACGUCGCUCACCUCCCUCGAUUUCUUAGGCUUCGGCCUGCCGCCGGGCGAGCCCUCGCUGGGCGAGCUGCUGCGCCAGGGCAAGGCCAACCUGCAGGCGCCGUGGCUCGGCAUCGUGAGCUUCAUGGUGCUCGCCCUCAUGCUGAGUCUGCUCAUCUUUAUCGGGGAAGCCGUGCGCGAUGCCUUCGACCCGCGCAAGCUGGUGGGCCGGUGA